AUGUGGAUUAAUUUCAGCGUUACUCUUGCAGUAUCUUGGUUGAUACUUCAAAUCACAUGUGAUGACAUCCUAGACUCGGACAUGUACCUUCCGGAUGGAAUGAAUGGCUUCGUGUGUGAUUUAGAAUUUUAUCCAAUCGAACAUGUACGCGAAGUAGCCAAGAGAGGUAUCGAGAUAUUUCUCUCUGAAAAAAAGGUUGGAAAAUUUCCGAAAACAUUCGAAGAUACUCGACUAUUUAAUGUGAAAUCAGACAUCCUUCUCUCGUGGCCUAUCAUGUCCAGUGGCGCAUUUUAUUCCAGGAACCCAGGGAAAGUUCGCCUUAUCAUGAACACUAGAGGCCAAAUCAUGGGCAUAAUUAUGAUAACCUCCGGAAGACAACAGCAAAGAUUUCGUUUCAAUAAAUGCAGCCCGGUACGCAGGUCUCUUGAAGAGAGUAAUGAAGAGCAAAUCUUGUUAAAUGAAUAUUGGAGUAUAGCUUAUGCUUCGUUUGGAUACAGUUGCGGCAUGGACUUUUUUCCAGUAUCCAUGGUAAACAAGAUACUAGGACGAGAUGCGAAGAUUUAUUAUGAACAAAGACUGAGCGGAAAACAUAAGCUCGCCAGCCUCAAAGAAUAUAAGGGCGAUCAAUUUAGCGGGGUUAAUCUUUAUUGGUACCCCAUGCAUCAAAAAAUAUCCAACACAUUAACCUCAGGUCCGCCUGGUAAAUUUCGUAUUGUUUUUGACCUGAGCAAUGGUGAAUUCAAGGGGAUCCUCAAUAUAGAAGAGGGUAAAAAAUGUGUCCUUGUAUGGAAUUUAUCAUCCAUCCCACCGAAUAAGAUUUAUAUCUCGUCAUCUAACCUGAACCUCGAGAGAUUCAAGUCCAAAACAAUAUGGCUCUAUUUAGAGUUUGCCCUAAAACAUUGGAUGCAGACUUUCAAUGAAAUUGAGCCUAAAGUUACUCGUACAAAACAGAAAUUAAUUCGUUUCUGGCAAGUGAGACCUGAAGAAGCCAAUAAUGACUCCUCAGAUCAUAUUUUCGCGAUAGGUCACAACAUCAAAUCUGAUACUUACAACCUUUAUCUUGUUGAAACACAGAAACUUAGAAUGGGAAAAUAUGAACAAUGUCUGCAAUUUUCUAGCCAUGAAAUUCGCCGCUUACAGAAAUUUAUCGGAGAUCGACACAACUCUGAUGAAAGCUAUUCCCCGGGCCGCUGA